GCAUCGGGGUUUCUGCCGUGGGUGUCAAACUUUGACCGGACGAAGUACAAUGAUUGUCCAAAUGCUGCUGUAUGGCUUCAUUCUCUUUACUGCAGCUUUCGCUUUGGAAGUCGAAGAGACCCCCCCGAAGGUCUUCAAUCUCACGGAUGCAUUAGAGUCCUUUGUUAAGAUUUUUGAACUAGCAUACCCAGCCAAAGUGAAGUGGACAGAUAUGUGGUCGGAGCGUGAAGAAAUGAAAGAACUCUUCCCUACUAAAAUAUUUCAGGUAACAGUCGAAAGGGGCCCUAUAACAAUUGGUGAGCCAAACGCAAACAGCAGUACCCGCACUCUUCUCUACGCAAAUCUGUAUGACAAUGAAGCUAAUGCAAGACAAACGUAUACCGUCACGCAUACUGCCAUUCGUAAGGAAAAAUCAUCUCACACGGUGAAACUAGGAUUCAGCCUCGGCCUUGAGCUGUCGGGAGGAUUUACAUUCGAAGAAACACUCGGGCUGAGUGGCAGCGUCGGAAUUAAGACUGAAAGAGAAACUGCCAAGACAGACACUGAAACGAAACUCAAGUCUUUUGCUGUCGCCACGAGUGUCACCGUUCCUCCUAACAGGACCAUUCAAGUGGAAUGGUACGCCACCACAACUCAAAAAGAUUUUGUGUGGAAGCGGAUUGUGACCAUCAGUGGAUAUUUUGCUAUGGGGCUGCAGAAUAACAUGGAAAACACGAAUGUACUGAUCCUUCCAGUGAGUUACCUUGCCCUUGUGAACAAGGAAAUGACAGUAGUAGGCGGCAGGCACGUGCAGUUCGAGGCUUCUGGUAUAUUCAGAACAAUCACCGUGCCGGAAUCUGACAUCUACACAACAGACGUGACGGACGCUUUAAGGGACAAAACAACGACGAUUUCUGGAUGGUCUGGGACUGUUGGGUAAAUUUCAGAACCAGGCGGGCGCUUUCGACAUAUUAAAGUGGCGGCCCCACGUCCGCAACCAUAAUACCGGUGGCUUCUGUGCUCAACAUCGCGAUUACGUUAAGCUGUCUUUUCGUUUGUCAAGAUUUUUUCUUCUUCUUCACUUUUUUUCGCAAUAAAAGCAUUUUUGUGUGUGUU